AUGCGGUGGAGCUUCGUAGUCUUUGGGAUGGAAGCCAAAUGUUAUGCAUGUACAUUGCCUGAGAGCUCGAAACCACAACCUCUACGCCAGAAAUCUCCUACAAUUGCAGAGAUUGCUGCAGAAUUCUAUUCCAAAAUUGUGGAUGUUUGGGUGAUCAAUCUUGCAAAUGCUCCAUCAGUUGUUGGCAAGCAUUUAGACGAUGAGUGUCUUGAAGAUUUCAUCAAAGGCCUUAUUCUCUUUGUUUCUUCUUUUUUUCAUGUUGAGAGGAGAUUUGCAGAGCCGCUGGAUGGAAGCCCAUCCUUGCCGUAUCUGAUCUUCUGGAACCCAGCCAAAUUCUUGCCUCUUUUUUAUGAAGCCGCUCACAUGGCUCAGGAAGUUGUGUUUGAAGCAUGCAAAAGUUGCAAGGAGAUGGUGUUGGAGGAGUCCUUGCAUAUGCACAUGGUUAUGUGGGUGGUUCUCCAUUGGAGUGUUCCAAUGAAUCAAAAUGAGAAAUGGAGCCUAUGGCUGUUAUUAGUAGGUGAACUGGCAUGAUGAGGAUGGUCUCUUCAUUGGUCAUCUGAAUCAGAAACAUCCGGAAAGAGAAGCUUCUCUCAUAACUGGAAAAGAUGCUACUUGCAUCCGCAAACAUGAUUUUCAGGCCAUCAAAC